GCAGCCGAGGCGGCCGACGGGGCCGCCUUCCUGCGGAAGGUCUGCGAGCGCGAGAACAGCGAGGUGAGGCUGGCGGUGUACAACAUCCGCUCGCACGCCUUCCGCGAGGUGGGCGUCACGCCCAGGAAGUGGGCGGGCGAGGGCCUCCUCGGCGCUGUGCUGCGCUACGACGCGCUGGACGAGUUCGUGGACGCGUACGCCAUCAGCGUGCAGUCGGUCGCGUCGAACUCGCCAGCCGAGACCGCGGGGCUGAUCCCUCUCAAGGACUUUGACUUCCCGCUGGGCACCGCGGAGGUGAUGUUCCGGAACAUCGACGACGUCUCCGAGAUCGUGUCCGGCUGCAAGUGGAAGAACACGACGCUGUACGUGUACAACAGCGACAGCGAGAGCGUCAGGGAAGUGACCAUCAUGCCCUUCACAGGCUGGGGAGGCGACGACUGCCUCGGUGCAGACAUGCGGCCUGUCGCGCUGCACAAGAUCCCAGCGCCGAGGCAGUCCCAAGCGAUGGCCAGCGGCUUGCCGCCCGCGCCCCGGGCGCAGCUGCUGGCCAGGCUCCGCUCCAGGGCUCAGCCCUGGGCUGCCGUGCGGGUCGCCAUGCCGGAUGAGAAGGCGACCGGCCGCGUGCUGCUGCCCGACGCCGUGCUGCCGAGCCGGUACGACUUGCGCCUUGCCCCAGACCUUGAGCGCUUCGUCUUCGACGGCAAGGCGCGGAUCACCGUCGACGUGCGCGAGGCCACGAGCGAUGUCGUCAUGCACGCCUUCGAGCUGCAGGUGUCGUCGGUGAAGUUCGUGCCCGCCGAAGGCGAGGCCAUUGCAGCGGUCUCCUUGGCGCAGAACCUGAAGGAAAAGACCCUGACGGCCACGUUCGAGGAGGUUCUCCCGGUGGGUGCUGGCGUCGUCGAAGUAGAGUACACCGGUAUCCUCAACGACCAGAUGGCCG